GCAGCGCCAAGUCAAAUCCUGAAGAAGCAAAACGAGACGUGUUUUUCCCUCAGAUUGAGCUGUGGGGCUGAGGUGGAGGGGUUUCUUGGAAGAUUAUAACGAAGGGCAUUCCUGACUAAUUUAAGCAGUUUUGAGGGGCUACACAAUGGAAGUUGCAGUUUCAAGACGGAACCACAUCAGUAAGAAAGAAAACAAGGAAAAUGCCCAGCCUGCACAUGAAAGAAAGUUAAUUAUAAAAGGAGAGAAAACAUCUGUUGUGCCAUUCCAACUGAAAAAUGGCCCAAAACAGCAGACCCUACCAAAGAGUCAGCCCCUUAGAGCUAAGGCUAAACAAACUGACACUAGGUCAGUGCCUGAGGCCCAGAAACUGGCACCAGCUGCUGUGUCGUUAUCAAGGAAUGCUCUAGGAAUGUAUAAAGGAAAGAUUGUCCAGUCAAAAAUUGGGUCUAUUUGGAAGGCAAGUGCAGGUAUGAUGGAUCCUAACCCAUCAGCACUGAAAAUGGAGAACCAAAGGCCUGGAAAAAUGGCAAGAAGAAGGUCCAAAUCUGCUGCUGAGAUGCAGAGACAUGGUACUCAAAAACCUGCACCAGUGAGGUCCAAGUCUGUGUCUGAUGGACCUGCUCAGGUUUCCAAGCCUGCUGCCAGCAGUCGUCGUCCUGCUGGAUUCUCCUCUGCUCGCCCGCCUGCAAGAAUCGUCCCAGCAACACUAACCACUGCUGGCUCUAGAAACACUACUGUGGCUCCCACCAAGGCAGGUGGGACUCACAACCCAAAGACACAGAUUUCAGAACCUGACAAGAAGGUCAGCAAGCCUCUUGCCUCAAACACUAUCAGUCAAUACAGAUUUACUAUGGAGACUGCAGAAGAGAGAAAAGCAAAACUGGCUGAGUGGCUGGCUUCAAAGGGUAAGGCUCUCAAGAGACCAGCCAUGUCGACAGCAAAGCCCUCCAAAACCAACGUUUCUACAAAACCUGUCGUCAAACUUCAAUCUCAGCCUGCUGCACGCCACAUGCCUGAGCCAAGACUGGAAAUGUACAACGCUGACACUGCUGUAGGCACUGUUUCCUGUGGAGAUACUCAGAGGGCAGGACCAACAGCAUCCAGCCAAACUCCAGUGAUCAUGAACACUACACUAGACCUAGAAACUUCUGAUGGGGAUCUGUCUGCUGAGUCACAAGACAGAGUGGAUGAUAUUGUUGUGAAUCUCUGUGAUGCCUUGGAGGCCAUGGAAACACCAUCGAGAUGUAGCAAUGAACUCACAGGUUCGACAGAUAAAUGCAACAGUGAAAUGGAGGACAGCAUAAAUGAAUGUAAAGCGGAGGAACUGAAGAUUGACAUGCCUGAGGAUGCUGGUAAGCAGGUGAAGGAUGAAGCAGAAGAAAGCAAUGAUCAGAAAGUGGAGAUGGAUUAUGUAGAAAGUGAUGAUGACGACGUGAUAGAGACGACUCCAGAGAUGGAGGAUGCAUCAGUGAUCAAAUACAGCGUGAAAACAACGCCAUACUUGCAAAGUGUCAGAAAAACAAUUGAAGGCGAGGUCGGCACGAGUGCAUCCAGGAGAAAGAGCAACAUUAAUGAUCUCAAGUUUCUGACACCUGUGCGCCGCUCCUCCCGCAUCCACAACAAAUCCAGCCAGCUGCCCAAGAUGCUCGUCGAUCACGAUCCCUGCGUGUCAUCGCUGGCUGAGCUGGUGAAGCUGGAUGAUAAUCCUAACGCCUACAUCUACAGAAAGAACACUGCACUCGUCGCGGAUCUCCCGGACAAGUCCAGCCUCUAAAGAAACCUAUAUUUGUACUAUUUCUAAGGGGGGUGUAUUCAGCAAUGCUUGGUACUCAACCUAAUUGACACUUUAAAGAUUUUAAUAUUGAAUUGUCCUAAUAUGAAAUAUUUUACUGUAUUUAUGUUCAUGCUGUCCUGCUUUGUUUCCUUGAAUACUAACUUUUCUAAAGUUAACACUUUACGACAAUUAAACACUUUUCUCAAGUUGUCUUUAAAAAAUGAA